CGUCUUUCCAAAACGCGUGUCUCGUUAAAAUUAACUUAACCUGCUGUCUCCAGUCGGAUUUCCUUCCUCCAUCUCUGGAAAGAAAAAUGCCUGUAGAUACCGAGCUUUACGAUCUUUUAGGUGUUCCACCAUCUGCCAGUGAAGAUGAUAUAAAAAAGGCCUAUCGGAAAAAGGCUAAGGAGCAUCAUCCCGAUAAGAAUCCCAACGACCCUCAAGCUGCUCAGAAAUUCCAGGAGAUGGCUGCUGCGUACGAGAUCCUUAGUGAUCCGGAGAGCAGGGCACUAUACGACGAAAGUGGUAUGGCUGAUGCUGCAGAUCUCUUUGCUCAAUUUUUCGGUGGUGGCGCAACUUUCUUCGACUUGGGGGGAGGAGGACCUGGAGGGGGGCCCCGCCGAGACAAGGGCCAAGAUACCGAGGUUCCCUACGAUGUUACGCUGGAAGAUUUAUACAAUGGAAAGUCUGUGAAGAUGAAUAUGGCGAGAGAGAUUGUUUGCAGCACUUGUCAAGGUUCUGGAGCCCGGGGCAGCGCGAAACCCAAGGAGUGCGUCCACUGCGAAGGAAAAGGCUGGACUUUUAUCCAAACACAGAUUGCCGCUUCACGGUAUGCCACAGCACGGACAAAAUGUACUGAGUGCAGCGGUCAAGGUAGUAAACUAAAAGAGAAAGACCGGUGCAAAAAAUGCAAGGGUGAAAAGACAGUAGAGGAAAAGACCAGACAAGAAAUUUUCAUCGAGAAGGGUAUGCCAGAUGGACACCGGAUUGUCCUUGCAGGCGCAGGCGAUCAGCAGCCCGGUAUCCCUGCUGGUGAUGUGAUUUUUAAACUCAAAACUACUCACCACGAGUCUUUUGAGCGCUCAGGCAGCAAUUUAUUGACAAAUGUCAAGAUCACGCUAUCCGAAGCACUUUUAGGUUUUUCUCGCAUCUUAAUCAAGCACCUCGACGGAAGGGGCAUUCGGGUUUCCAGUCCACCAGGCAGGAUUAUCCGUCCUGGAGACUCUAUAAGGCUUCGUGGAGAAGGCAUGCCCACACACAAACACCCAGAUCAGAAAGGCGACCUGUUCAUAGUUCUUGACAUAGAAAUGCCCGAUAAUCAAUGGCUACAAUCCGUAGACAAGCCGGCUUUGGAGAAGCUUUUGCCAUCAAAGAAACAGGACAUGGACCCAAUGCCUGAGAUUGUCGAUGAAGUCCCAUAUGAAGAGGGGGAUAUUGUGGACGUGCGUGCCCGGUCUUUCCCGGCUGGUUCGGGCUUCUUUGAUCAAGGGUUUGCAUCGCAGUUCGGAGAAGGAGACGAAGAUGACUGGGAGGACGAAGACGGUGACAACUAUGACGAUGACAACAUGGGAGGCGAGCCAGAGUGCAGACCUCAAUGAUUAUCCCUCUAACAGGAACAUGCAUAUUCCAUUCCACACUCUUAAUCAUUCUCUCGCUCUGCAUUUACAUGUCAUUUCCACGUUGUAUACAUUUCAUCUCACUGCUCUCGCUCAGGUCUCAGGUCUCAGGACGCAUUGCCGACGUUGCCGUUGGGGUUGAAUGCUUUCGUGGUCCUCGAUUGCAACACCCACUUGAUACCGCCCGUAACAUGACCCAAGAA